UGUUCUGUAUAGGAAGAGGAGGAAGAGAAGGAGGAGGCCUGCUGUGUGCUGCUGUUGCUGCUGCCUAAGCAUCAUUGUUCUGUCUGCUUCACACAGGUACUGAAACGAAGCCCAAGUCCCAUCAUUUUACACACUUCUCCAUUAACCCAACAACUAAUAUCUAUAAAUGAACCUCCUUUUGCACUUAUAUUUCCACUAUUAGCAACUCUUUUCUCUUCCCUCCCUUUCACUUCCACUUCCACUUCCCUACACUACUGACACAGCCACCUCUUCCUUUCCCCACAAAUACCCUCUAAACCCAUCUCCCCUGUUCUCCCCUCCCAUGGCUUCCCUCACUCUUCUCCUCCUUGCAUUUCUCCUUUCCACCAACACCUUUGCGGCUGAGGAAAUGGAAGAGGAGGAGCUUCUGGCUCUGUUUGAAGUCAUGGGUUCUCUCUUAGACUACCCUGACUGGCCUCAGGCUCACCCUUUUCCAUGCACAGACACGCCAUGGCCUGGGGUUAAGUGCGAGAUUUGUCAAGCCCCUCCUGUCUUUCAUGUCACCCAGAUUCACAUUGGCCCUGAUAUUCUAGACCCACCUUGCAAAAUCUCUGCUAAUUUAUCCCACGCCUUGCUCAACCUCCCUUAUUUGAAGUCCCUUUCAAUCUUCAGCUGUUUUACAGCUUCCCCAGCUGCUCUGUUUCCUGCUCUGUUUCAGUCAUUGUCUUAUUUGGAGCAUUUGGCUCUUCAAUCCAACCCAGCUCUUUCUGGGGUGAUUCCAUCGAGUUUGGGCAAUGCAGCCAGUUUGAGAGUUCUGAGCCUCUCUCAGAACAGUCUCAAUGGGGAGAUUCCACAAGCCAUUGGUGGAUUGGUUCAUUUACAACAGCUUGAUCUUAGCUACAACAAUCUUAGUGGCGAAGUUCCUCAAACCAUUGGUGGGUUGAAAAGCUUGAGCAUCUUGGAUCUCAGCUGGAAUGCACUUAAGGGUCAGCUGCCUUCUUCUUUAGGAAACUUGCAGCUCCUCCAAAAGCUUGAUUUGGGAUCAAAUAAGCUUCAGGGAAAGAUAUCUCAAAAGUUAGGCAUGUUGAAGAAGUUGGUAUUGCUUGAUUUGAGCCACAACUUCAUAAAUGGGCCAAUCCCUGAAUCAUUUGGUGGGUUUGAGCACUUGGAGUACUUGAUAUUAGACCACAAUCCCUUGAACGCUGCGGUUCCAUUGUUCUUAGGCAGCCUUGAGAAGCUCACAUCAGUAAGCCUAUCAGAAUGUGGAAUUGAAGGUCCAAUACCCACUUCACUCACUUCAUUGAAAACCCUCACAGCUCUGUCUUUAGCCAACAACAAUCUAAGUGGGCCAAUUCCACCAGAAUUGGGGGAGCUCCCAAACUUGGAUCUGUUGAACUUAAGCCACAAUCAACUAAGUGGAGAGCUUUCUUUCCCAAAUGAGUUCAUGAACAAACUAGGAAAAAGAUUGGAUUUAAGAGGAAAUUAUGGGCUAUGCUCAAGCCAAAGGAGGAAUUUCUCAGUGCAUUCUGAUGAACCACCAUAUUGUUUGAAUGGAGCAAGAAAUGAGAGUGAAAAACAAGAAAGAACAGAGGAUUAUAAGAGCAUACAGCCAGCUUGGAACCAAUGGGAAGACAACAGCUGCUCUUCAACUAAUCUAAGUUGGGACAAAGAUCUUAUGCUUGUUUUUUGUGCUUUUGUUGUUGCAGUUGUGUUGUGUUCUGUUUUGUUGGAGUAAAACUGAGGACUACUUUUCACUUGCUUACUAUUUUUUCGUUAUUAU